UGAUGAAGGAACAACAAUAAUAAACUUGAUAAAUUUGAAAUUUAUUUUUUUUAUAGAUUAUUCGAUAAUUAAAUUUUACUUGUUUGAUCAAUGACUAAUUCGGAUUCACGGUAGCUAAAUCUAUUAUGAGAAACAACCAUAUUUAUUUCAUUAUUUAAGAAAAUGUCAUCUCCAAUUUUUUUUAAUUCCAAUCUGUUGGUUCACACUCCGCGCAACUUGCAAGUAAGAGACCCACGCACGAAGAAUGAAUCUAGGACAGAGACAGAGAAGUUUUACUAAGUAAAUUCAAGGUUUACACAGCAUCUGUUUCGCAUCCUAAAGCUGAAAUUUAGAACCAAAUUUUUUUUUUUGAAAAAAAAAAACUAAAACACAGCACAAAGGCAUGUCACCCAUCAAUCCAAACAACACUACACAAACGUAAUCCUGCCUUGGGCUUGGAGCUUGUCCAGCGCCACCCCCACCCCCCCAAUCAAGCUUCAAGCCAUUAUUUUCGGUGACCAUGGACGAUGAGCCAGCAACGACGGUAGCCAAUGUCAAGGUGAGGAAGACGUUUCCUCGAAAAGCAGCCACUGUGCCUGCUUUAAUAUUGAGAAUUACUGGGUCUUUGAUUACUAUGGUGAUGCUUCUAUGGGCAAUUCAUAGUGGGUUCAAACUUGUUACAAAUUCAAGCAGAUAUACAAGCUAUACUGACUGGGCUUUUCACAUUGGAGCUCUAACUAUGAUCUUUGGUUUCUUGUUUCUGAUACUUGGGAUUCCUAUAUUAGCUGACUUGUUUCUGAAUUUGUCUGAACAACUGCAGGAGGAGGAAGCUGGAAUUCAUAAAGCAUGGGAAGCAAAGACAAUAUCUAAAGUGAUUGCAGGAGUGUUCAUGGGUCUGAUAAUAAUGAUAGUGAUGUGGUGGGCAAUUCACACAGGAAUUAGGCUUACAAAAGAGCAUAAAAGAGACAGCAAAUAUCAUCUCUUGACAUCUUCAAUUGGAGUGGUCACUAUUGUGUUUGGUUUAGUUUAUUUUAUAAUUGGUCUUGGCAUAAUUGAAGAGCUAGUGGUGGAUUUGUUUGAUCAUUUGCAGCAGAAAGAGAGAAAAGGAAACUUGUAUCUUACAAGGUUGAAACAAUAAUUUUCUUCAUAAUUGCACAUAUCUUGAGUUUAUUUCAUAGCUAUAGUUUUUUUUUUUCUGAGAUAAUUCAUCUCCUUUAUACACAAAUCUACAUGUUCUAAUUGCUAAGACGAGUCUCAGGUUUUAAAAAUUCAAAUAUAUUGUUCCUAUAAUCAAAUUCUCAAACAAGCUUAAAGACAUUCUGCAUUGAAUA